AACUGUGGGAGCCAAACUGGAGGGAAGCUCGACCAGUUUCUCACAACCAGCGCCGAGAAACCAGUGCAGAGAAACCAGUGCAAACCAGCAUGGUGUGGAAAUUCUGGAAGUUACGGUUGUGUCUCUCUUGGAAGUGUUUUGCCUGCAUGGGAGUGAAUUAAAGGAGUGUUUUUUUUUCCCUCUCUACGUCGAAGUCGGAGUUGGAGUGUCAACAACAGUGUGGCCGGCUGGAGUUCUGCUCGGAAAACUGUUUAGGAACAAAUAAUCCGGGUUGUUUGUGUUUCCAGACCGAGCAGAGCUUUAAAUAAACGGAUUUCGAGUUGGACUAUCUGAACAUAAAGGAAGGAAUUAAUAGAGAAGGAGGAAUUUGGCGCCGUGGACGAGCCCUACAAUCACUGACGGUCGAGCUUCUCAAACUGUGCGCAGAGAAGUGGAGAAACUGGGUAAAAUGAGCGGAGGGGAUGUGGUGUGUUCGGGCUGGCUCAGAAAGUCUCCGCCGGAAAAAAAGUUGCGCCGUUAUGCAUGGAAGAAGCGGUGGUUCAUUCUGCGCAGCGGCCGCAUGACGGGAGACCCGGACGUGCUGGAAUACUACAAGAAUGACCACGUGAAGAAGCCCAUCCGCGUGAUCGACCUGAACCUGUGCGAGCAGGUGGACGCCGGGCUCAGCUUCAACAAGAAGGAGCUGGAGCACAGCUUCAUCUUCGACAUCAAGACCAUCGACCGAGUCUUCUACCUGGUAGCCGACACCGAGGAGGAGAUGAACAAGUGGGUGCGCAGCAUCUGCGACAUCUGCGGCUUCAACCCCACCGACACGGACGACUCGGUGAAGGUGUCUCACCAAGCUGCAGGAGGAUUGGUGGUGGACAUGCCUUCUCGCCUUGGGAUGGUUGGAUCCUCAACACAGCCCAGUGUACCGCCUCCAUACCAGCCUGUUAGUGUUGGACCUCUAGAAUCCUCGUCUAGCCUGGAUGACACACAGGACUACCUGCUACUUCUUCACUGUGAGAGCAAGAAACCUGAGCCCAGCAGUGCUGUUCCUCAGUCUCAGAGAGAGGUGGAGCAGGAGUACCUGCUUUUAGAAGAUUGUGAGAGCAAGUGUGCUCCUCCUGACAUUCUACAUGACUGCUCCAAGUCUACCUCCUCGGAGCCGGACUGCAACGACAACCUCCCAUCCCAUCGCACCCCCACCUCGUCCUCAGCAAAGCACACCUCAGUGAACGGCUUCUUCUCCUCUCAGCACGCCCCGCUGUACGACUCUCCUCCAGUGCGGGGGGCCAGCGUGUCGGCCGAGGCUCAGGCCCUCUACCAGCUUCCCCGCAGCAGGUCGCAGGACACGGUGCUGAUGCCCAAGAGCGCCUCCUUGAGCUCCGCCCUGGACGCCGAUCCAGCCGACGUGUACGUUUUCAACACGCCUGCGCGAAAGCCCUCGCUUGAAGCCCAGCUCAGGUACAUGUCUGUCAGUUACGACAUCCCGCCCACACCCGGCGGCAACUGCAACUAUCAAGUGCCCCGCACCGCCGGCGAGCCCGCCGGGUCGGACGUAGUGCCACCUCCUCGGCCGCCCAAACCUUCAGCCACCCCGGCGCCCGAUCGCUCUCCCACAGACACUUACGUUGUUCCCAGGUCAGUCUCAGAAACAGACUCGAACUACUGUGUGCCUUCAGGACCUGGAUCAAGCAAAACUCUGAGGAGCAACACUAUCGGAACUGCAGAUUCUGGACGCCUGCGCAAGGAUUACGGAUCAUCUCAAGACUGUUAUGACAUCCCCAGAUCAUUUCCUACAGACAGAAACUGUUCUUUUGAGUUCAAUGAACCCUUCAACAAUUACAUGAAAAAUAAAGGCAUGGUGCCAGUCGGGACCGAGGAGAUGGAUGAGAACUACGUGCCUAUGAGUGCAAAUUCCCCUUCACAUCACCAUUCAGGUAGCCUCUCGGAACUCACCAUGGAGCCCAACUAUGUGCCAAUGACCCCAGGCUCGGAGUUCCCCUCUUUGGGGAAGCAGGUGCCACCUCCAGCGCACAUGGGCUUUCGCUCCAGCCCCAAAACACCACCACGUAGGCCCAUGCUUAACACCGACUGCCAACCGCCACCGGUCGACCGCAACCUCAAACCUGACCGCAAAGGUCAGAGUCCUAAAAUAAUCAGAGCUAAUCGGAGUGUCGGUCUUGAGCGAACCGACUCUCAAACCAUAGGCGAUUUCUCCAGACGUCGUAAGGCCAAGCCAGCUCCUUUGGUCAUCCAGCGGGUCCCUGAGUGUGAGGAUUUUGUUACACCAGUGCAUUCACCCGUCACCAGGUCCUUCACCAGGGACCCCUCCAGGUUCCACAUGCCAGCCAGACCGCCGUCAGUGCAUAGCACAGCCUCCAGCACCGACUCUGAGGAAUGUGAGGAGAAUUAUGUCGCCAUGCAAAAUAACAUGGCUACAGAUGAAACAAACAUGAAACCGCACAUGAAUACCAAAGUGGAGUAUCUGGACUUGGACCUGGACCCUGGCAAAUCCACUCGAAAGACUAACCCGACUACCGUGGCAGUGUCCGAUGAGCGGGUCGAUUAUGUGUUAGUGGACCAGCAGCGCACUCAGGCUCUAAAGAACACUCGAGAAGCCUGGAAAGACGGUCGACAGUCCACUGAGAAUGACACCCCCACCAAAGGCACCAAGUGAUCCCUUGAAACUCUUGCCCCCACCCCCUCCACACCCCUCGAGCCUUUCUUCUGGAUCCACACUGGUAUUGGGCGUUGUGUGAAAGUAGACCCCUGCCUCCACCUGCCCCUUCACCCCAUGCCCCUGUUUUUUAACUAGAUUAUACUGUGAUAGAGAAGCUGAUCGAGUUCCCGGAUCAGCUGGUUUACACUGCCACCUGGCUGAGGGAAAGGUCACAGCAAGGACGAGAGCUGGGCUUCCACGGCUGCGCGUAUAAGCUGAGAUGAUUGACAGGACGUGUACUGUAGCGCGAGUCAGGACUGAAGAAACUGCUUCACCUCAGUGCUCUGUGCUCCUGUGAAAACGAUGCUAACGGAGCAGCAAGAGACUUUUCAUUUGUAUCAAGUGAACACUUGCUGCAUUCUAGAUUUUCCAUGUUGACUUUCAGUCUGGGUUUUUUUUAUUUGUCAUCCACAGACACUCACCCUUUUACAGUUCUAGCUCAUGGAGGAAAAUGUCUCAACAACCACUUCUAGUUUUUUAGUUUUGCAUUUCACACAGCUGCCAUGAUCGGGUUAUGAGAAUGUUGUGUUAAUAUAAAAAAUUCUGCUCUGUUCAGUUUUAUGUGAAACUUAAAAAAGUGUUGGUACAUCUCUCUCUCUCUCUCUCUCUCUCUCUCUCUCUCUCUCUCUCUCUCUCUCU